UUCCACAAUGCUGAAGAACAAGGCGUUUGUGAAGAAGAAUCGAGGCGGCCGGGUUUUCAAGGUCGUUCGCGAGCACUACCUGCGCGAUGAUAUUCCCUGCGGCGCUACGUUUUGUUCCAGCUGCGACACCUCCACUGCCAAUCUCGUUGCGGCCGACCGGCUCGUUGUGGUCGAUACAAAUGUGGUGUUACACCAGAUGGAUUUGCUCGAAAAUCCGGCAUUUCGCAACGUGAUAAUUUUAUCCGUUGUUCUGGAAGAAGUGAAGAACAAGAACUUGAGUGCUUACAAUCGCCUGCGCAACAUUUGUGCGAAUCGAUCACGUCAGUUCUUCGUUUUCUCUAAUGAACACCACAGGGAGACUUACAUCAAGGCAAUGGCGAGUGAGAGUGUUAACGACAGGAAUGACAGAGCUAUUCGCGUCGCAACCCAGUGGUUUCAGAAACACCUCGGAGAUGCGUGCACUGUUGUUCUUCUGACAAACGAUCUUGACAAUAGAACCAAGGCCAAUGCAGAAGGAAUUAACGUUUUUUCUGUGGACCACUUUGUUCAGUCGCUAGGCAAGCCAGAAUUACUGGAUUUGGUUGCUCGGAGUGAGUCCGAGAAUGCCACUCCGAUGGAAAUAGAGGACUCGAGACCGUCAAAAAGAAAGAUCAUCUAUUCAGAGCACAAACCUAUGUCCGAAAUCACUGCGGGCAUACAUCAAGGAAUAUAUCACCAAGGAAAGCUGCGAGUUAACAGAUAUAACCCGUUCCAAGCCUACGUCGGUAGCGAAAGUGUUGGCGACGAGAUUUUGGUUCAGGGAAGACUGAAUAUGAAUCGAGCAUUUGAUGGGGAUGUGGUUGUUGUAGAGCUUCUCCCGCACGAGUCUUGGCAAGGCGACAUGACAAUGAUUGCUGAAGAAGAAGACGGCGAUGGUGAUGAAAGAGUCGGGCUUGCUCCUGACACCUCUGAUGAGGCAGCCGUGAACAAGGCGGAUGAAGCCAGUGAGAAAGCAACAACGUCCGGUGGAUCCAGCAGACCGAAUGGACGUGUCAUUGGAAUAAUCAAGCGGAACUGGAGGGCGUACUGUGGCUCUCUGGAGCCAAUGACAACCCCAGCAGGAGCGGGAAGCGUGGCAAAUGCAUUGUUCGUGUCAGCGGACCGUCGAAUUCCAAAAAUCCGUAUCCAAACUCGUCAGUUUGGUAAUUUGGUUGACAAACGCAUCGUGGUGUCUGUCGACUCCUGGGAUUUAAACUCCAGAUAUCCUUCUGGACAUUACGUGAAAACUGUCGGCAAAAUUGGCGAUCGUAACACAGAAAGCGAGGUUCUUCUUAUUGAGAAUGACAUCAACAAUAGGCCAUUUUCGGACCAAGUGUUGGCCUGCCUCCCGCCGUUGCCUUGGUCGGUACCCGCAGAAGCGUUGCACGAUCCUCAUCGUGAAGAUUUACGAAAUUUGAGGGUGUUCAGUGUAGACCCCAUUGGCUGCAAGGAUAUCGAUGACGCUCUUCACUGUACCUUGCUGCCAACUGGCAACUAUCAAGUCGGAGUCCAUAUUGCGGAUGUAACAAGCUUUGUUCAUCCUGGUACACCUCUAGACAUUGAAGCUCGGGAAAGAGGAACAUCUGUUUACUUGGUUGAACGUCGGAUUGACAUGCUUCCCAAGCCGCUUACUGAAGAUGUGUGCUCUCUCAGAGCGGAUGUAGAAAGAUUUGUUUUCUCGGUCAUUUGGGAGAUGUCCUCAGAGGCGGAUAUAAUUUCAGUUCGAUUUACAAAGGGCGUAAUCAAGUCCUCCGCUGCUCUUUCGUACGUUGAAGCUCAAGCCCGAAUGGAUGAUAGCCGAAUGUCGGACCCCUUAACUACUGAUCUUCGGAACAUGAAUCGCCUCGCUAAGGUUUUGAGGCAAAGACGAAUUGAACGCGGGGCUCUUACUCUUGCUUCUCCUGAAGUGAAGUUCGAAAUUGAUACAGAAACACAUAAUCCUUUGGAUGUUGGCAUGUACCAAGUAAGAGAAUCAAAUCACAUGGUCGAAGAGUUUAUGCUGUUGGCAAAUAUUUCAGUCGCUAAGAAGAUAUUGUCGAGUUUCCCAGUGUUUUCUCUUCUCAGACGGCAUCCUACGCCAACACCGAAAAUGUUUGAGCCUCUUCUAAAAAUUGCUUCGGCAGUAGGCAUCAAACUGGACAUCACUUCGUCUAUGACUCUCGCAAAUACUCUUGACCUUGCAGUGGGGGAUGAUCCAUACUUCAACAAAUUGAUAAGAAUUCUUGCAACUCGGUGCAUGACCCAAGCGGUUUACUUUUGCAGUGGCGAGCUAAGCCCUCCAGAGUUUCAACAUUACGGACUUGCAUCAGCAAUAUACACACAUUUCACGUCUCCCAUCAGACGAUAUGCUGAUGUGAUUGUACACCGCUUGCUGGCUGCAGCUUUGGAUUUGGAAAAGCUGUCACCGUCCUUACGCGACAAAUCCGAGGUCACGAAGAUCGCAGACAAUUUGAACUACCGGCAUCGAAACGCGCAAAUGGCAGGCCGAGCAUCAGUGGAGCUCCACACUUUAAUCUUUUUCAGAAACAGGCCUACAGACGCAGACGCAAGGAUUGUGCAGAUCCGAUCCAAUGGGCUGAUAGUGUUUGUUCCAAAGUAUGGCAUUGAAGGGCCCGUGUUCCUGGUUGACAAGGCAAGCAAGUCGAGUACCAACUGGAUAAUGAACGAGGAGCAACAGUGUGCCAAUGCUCGGGAUGGUAGUACAAAGUACAAAGUGCUAGACAGCGUGAAGAUUCGCAUUCAAGUUGUGGAGCCGCAGCCAAACAGGCCCAAGUUGGAACUCACUUUACUGGCAUAACAGCGAUUCUUCAAACUUUGUUACUGGCUAUUUCACUGCUAGUAGUGCUCCGAGCAUUUGCUCAAACUCGUCGAGAGCUUGGAAGCAAGUUCCCGGCCUUUGAAGCGGUGGAAAGAAGAGCAAAGAAGCCGUCGUGAAGAUAAAACCCAGCGUUAUCACUACGCACAUUACCUUGGGCAGCUUUGAGACGAGCGGGCCAAAGUUUCUUCGCAGUGCCACCUCCACGACCAUGGCGAGGCCGUUGACCAGGAAGAACCCAGUCACCUGCCACGUCGGCGUUGACUUGGUGGUGUAGAGAAAAAUCACUUCGUGCAUGAGACCA